AUGUCAGAAUCGGACCAGGUAGCGCUCAUCUGGAGCGCAGCCGUCGAUCGAUAUGAGCAAAUCACCAACAGGAAGCUUGAUGAUCCAGCCCUGGAGCAUCUGAGCACGGUUGAGGGGCUUCUAAGCGUGAUCGACAGCGAAAAUAAGCAGUUCAGUGACUUCCGUGAGAAACGACGCGGCAUAUUUACGGCACUGGAGUAUGCAUUGCGGCCCAUCGAACUGGUGGGAGGCAUCGCCGCUGGCGCAGCUUCCAUGCUGUAUCCGCCCAGCACACUCAUAUUCGCCUCAGUGAUGUACCUGAUGGACGCUGCGAAAGGUGUUUCGGCAAAGUUCAAUGCGAUCAUGGAGUUGAUGGGCACACUGAAGGAUUUCACCAUCCGUCUAAAUACGUACGCUGAGCAGCAAAUCUCUACAAGUCUGAGCCACAAACUUGCGGACAUCUUGGCCACGCUUCUCGAAGUGUUCGCGCUGGCCCGGCAGGAGGUCAAACAUGGAAGGCUCUUCAGUUUCGGGAAAAGCAUUCUUCUUCGAAAUGACGAUGGCAAAGAAGCCAUGGGGAAGCUAACCAAACUGAUCGCCAGCGAGGGUAGUCUUGUUGAGGCCGAGACUUUGACCGAAGUCAAGGUCGCCAAUGUGACUCUCACCAGGGUCGACUUUAAUAUGACGGAACUGACAAGGCGUGUGGAAAGCAUCUCAUUUGCCCAGCAGCGAAGUUUGGCGGAAUCCCAGGAGGCCAAGCUGAAAGGCCAUAAGGACCACGUCAAGAAAGUCCUGCAGCCCGGGACCAGCGCCGACGACAGGUACAGCACGAUAAAUCGGAGUCGAGUCCCGGGCACUGGAGACUGGAUUCGAAACGAGAAGGACUUUCAAGAUUGGAUAAAUAAGGAAACCCCUAUUCUGUGGGUGUCUGGAACUCCGGGUGCCGGAAAGUCUUAUAUUGCCUCCAACAUCAUCACCUACUUCAAGGAGACCUACCCGCAAAACGUCCAACAUCCGUCGCAUGUUUCCGUUGGCUACUUCUUCUUCAAAGACGACAAUCCCAAGACUCGUUCGUUCCAUCAAGCCCUCCGUGACAUUGCAUUCAAGGUCGCCCAGAAUGACGCCGCAUAUGCAAAGCACAUCGUCUCGUGCAUUGACAGUCCUGAUGAGAUUGCAACGCUUGAAAGCUCAUGGCGGAAAUUGUUCCUUGAUUUCUUCAUUGAGCAGGAAGCCUCUGACAGCGUCCUGUACAUAGUCCUGGAUGCACUGGAUGAGUCCUGGUCUGAAGAUCGCCAGGAGUUCUUCGGGUUCCUCAACGACAUCUCCCGUGGCACUCGGUUGCAACUGCUCAUGCUAGGCCGACCUCACAUUGCUGACGAGAUUGAAGGUCUCUAUGAAAAAUUCCCACCACGUAUAAUCCAUGUGUCAGAAAUAAAUAACUCCGCGGACAUCAUCCACUAUGUCAGAAGCAGCAUCGCGAAGUCUGUGUAUUUGAAACGUGCCUCCAAAAGCCUCCAGGCAGAAAUAGUUGAGAAGCUCUCUGCAGGAGCACAGGGCAUGUUUAUUUGGGUUGACUUCAUGUUGACCGAGAUCAUGAAGAAAAGGAGCGAGAAAAACAUCCGACAGGCGCUUAACAGCGCCCCCAGCGGCCUAUCAGGAAUGAUCCGUCAUGUGCUGAAGAGUUUCUCGGAGAGCUUGAAGGACACGCCUGAAGAUGCCGAUGACCUGAAUGAACUGCUAGCCUGGGUGACUUGUGCACAGCGGCCACUGACACUGUCACAAGUAGACAAUAUAUUGAAAUGGAAAUCCGCCGACGGAAGCGGAUGGACGUGGAUCGAGGGCUUUCUUCGAAGGCAAUUUGCUUCCUUGUUCCUCCUGACCCGUGAGGACAAGCUGACAACCGCUGACCUGCAACGGACAGCAGCAUUUGAAGGGAAUCUAGGCGCAGACGAGGAUUAUCUUCUGCCUGCGAAUGGCUUUGAUGAUCCCGACAACCCUUCUGACUUUGAUUCCAAUCCAGAAACGACCGAGGUUACGUUCAACCAUGCCUCGAUCGGCGACUUCUUUCGCAAUGAGACAGAAGGCAAAGUGUCUAUAGGGCCGGACUGUCCCCUCGUCGGCGUUAACUAUCAUAGCGCUAAAGUUCUUGUCGUGACGAGGUAUCUCGAAAUCAUUUCCGACGAGGAGGGAUCCGCUAAAGGAGCGAUAUCCGCAGCACUUUUCAGCUACGCAUGCGAGGCUCUACUCGAUACCCUGAAAGGGAUCAAUAUCGCUAAGACCUUCAUGGCAGACAAGCAGGUCAUUGGACUUCACCUGGCCCGUCUACUGUCCAAUGAAGCUGUCGUGAAGAAGUAUAUCGGUUCCACCAGUCCUGCUUUCUUUACACAAGAAAAUGUGGAUCUACUUGUAACAUGGUUGGGAGACAAGGAUGUUCAGGAUUCGCUACCUCCCAAGGAGAGAGAUUGGUACAACAGUGCAAUAUCCGAAAGUAACGUGGACAUUUUGCAGCCGGCCAUGAAAUGCCUUGCCUCGGAAUGGCUUCAGGGAAUGAUGUGGACAGCGCAUGUAAUAUGCCGUACUGUCUGCAAGUUCCUCAAUUUACGUCAGGGACUUCCACACCCGGAGUGCCUUACGAUUGAGAAUAUCAUGGAGGCAGCGGAGUGGUGUGGCUUCGAAAAGGAUGGAGAAUGGUAUCGACGGCUCGCGAUGACCCUCCGAGAUCUCUACCAUUAUAAUAAAGCACUGGAGGUCUUUGAGAAGGCACUGGAGCUUUCUACUACCUACAGGUGGCUAGUUCUGUAUGGCAUGGCAUCGUCUCAUUUGGCCACAGGAGACAUUGCUAAAGCCAUCAAGUUGGGUAAAAUGGCGGCUGAGGAAUUGGAGAAGACUGAUAAAACAGCCAACCCUCUCUGGGAUGGCGACAUGCAUGGAGUCUACGAGGACCUAGGCGACUGGUAUAGCAGACUUGGCGAUGCUGAAAUGGGAUUCACGAUGUACCAGAAAGCCUUUGAGCAUGGCAACCGUUGCGACGCAUGUAUAUGCAAAAUUCUGGACUUCCUCGGUGAGAAGCAGAGAUAUGAAGAGUAUAUUUCCAUGCUGCAGGGAAUGGAUGACAAGAUUCCAGACAAGGAUUAUUCCCGCCUUACGGAAUCAAUCUUGAUCAAUGCCGGCACAGGAUCCUUCCCAUAUCACUCCCGCUUUGGGGUUGCAGCUUCUCAUACCGAUAACGUCCAAUUCAUGCUGCAUGCUUACUCUUCAGCCGCCAUAAUGGCUCGUAAAGAGCGUAAACCUAUUCAGGCUGCGAACACGGAACUUUGGCUGGGAACCUUCUGCUGGAUGUACGGAGACGACUUGCAGCGUGCGAUUCGCAUCUGGGAACAUCUUAUAGAUACGUACAGUAGUGGGAAUAGCGAAGACCGCAUCGGGGCGGUGCAGAACGCAUCUACGAAUCUGGUCAACUAUUUCUUGGUACAGUGCGCACAAAUCAGUCAGGAUACUAAUAAUAAUAAUGUGGAAGCGAUCCAGAGGUAUGGUCGGAUGAUUGAACUUCUCGCAAUGGGGAAGCCGCUUACGCUGCCAUACGCCAAUGUAAUUGGAACAGGCAGUGAGAAGAUGUCUAUCCAUAAAGGAUUUGUUCCCGACUCGGAAUUUGGCCUUUUGCUGGGCAAUUACUAUCAGGUCUGUGGUCAGCAGGAGGACGCAUUGAAGUGCUACAAAGCGCAAGUCAAGGAGUCUAUCCGACUGUUGAGCGAUGACGAUCCAACCAACGAUUAUGAGGCAUAUUACCGGUUGUCUGGUACUCUGGCGGCUGUGAGAGAUGAUGAAGGUGCAAUUGGGGCUUGGUAUAAGAUGAACAUGAUUGGACUCGGAUGGGACGUCGAUGAUGAUGAUGAUAAUGACGAUAGAGACGACGAUCAUGAAGCCAAAGAAGAAGACACUACGAACACUCGAGGAGACGAUAAGCAUCCCGGAACAGAAGAACGUGAAUCGGCUCCAGGUGCAAGUACCGCUGCCGCGGACAAGGACAACAGCGAAGGAGACAAACUCUUCUACUGCAACGGGUGCCAUAAAAAAGUCGGCAUUGAUGGCAAGGCAAUGUGCCGGUAUUGCUGGGAUACAUUAUUCUGCGAGACAUGCUUCCCAUUAGUGAAAACAAAGACGCAUCCUGUAGACGUCUGCAGCCCAAAACAUGACUGGCUCAUCAUUCCACCGCGCCCGCUGGCCGUCAGAACACGGGAUAAAAAGACUCGGAGCAUGAUCUACGAAGGUGAUAAAUGGAUUAGUAUUGAGGAGUUGAAGAGUCGGUUAAAGGAGAGGUUUGGGAUUUAGGGUCGCUUCUAUAUACUGCAUUAUGAGCCAUGAUUUUUAUAGUAUAGCAGUCAUAUAUUCCCUUCUCAAUAUAAUUUAUCAUUCAGCU